UCACUUUUUGACGUUUGAGAUGCCACAUUAUUGUUAAUCUACAACUGGGGAAGCUUCAUUGCUUUUUUCAAUAAAGAAAGGAAGAAACUUGCUUCAGGGUUUGAGCUUCGCUGUCAUUAUUAUUGGUGGGUUCGUUACUUUGUAGAAUGUUCGCAUCUGGGUCCUUAUUGCUUCGUGAGUGAAUAAUGAUUUUCUGAUGUAUUUGAGGAAGUUCUUUGAAUAGCUGAUUAGGAGUGAGACCUCCGUAAUUCGAUCUGCCGAUGGGAUUCCAACUCCAGUUGUUCUUAUUUCUGGCUUUUGUCCCUGUUAUUUUGGCUCAAGAAGUCACAAAUGCUAAAAUUGUAGUUGAGGGGACAAGAGCAAUUGCUGAAAAUGAUGAUAAUUUCAUCUGUGCGACACUUGAUUGGUGGCCUCAUGAUAAGUGCAACUAUAAUCAAUGUCCUUGGGGAUAUUCAUCUGUUACAAAUUUGGAUUUGUCUCACCCCUUCAUGGCAAAAGCAAUCCAAGCGUUCAAGCGUUUGAGGAUAAGAAUUGGAGGUUCUUUGCAAGACCAAGUACUAUAUGAUGUAGGCAAUUUGAAGUCUCCUUGUCAUCCAUUCAGAAAGAUGAAAGAUGGCUUAUUUGGGUUUUCAAAGGGAUGUUUGCAUAUGACAAGAUGGGAUGAACUGAAUCACUUGUUCAGUACAACUGGGGCCCUUGUGACUUUUGGGUUGAAUGCACUUUAUGGGAGGCAUCAGAUCAGGCCAAAAGAUUGGGGAGGAGCUUGGGACUCUAGUAAUACUUAUGAUUUUAUGAACUACACUGUUUCUAAGGGAUACCAGAUAGACUCAUGGGAAUUCGGUAACGAGUUAAGUGGAAGUGGCAUUGGGGCAAGUGUUCGUGCUGAAGAGUAUGGCAAAGACUUGAUCAACCUUAAAAAUAUCAUCAAUGAUUUGUAUAAGAACUCCAACUCUAAACCUUCACUUCUUGCACCUGGAGGAUUUUUUGAGAAAGAGUGGUAUGAGAAGUUUCUUCAGGUGUCAGGACCUGGCAUAGUCAACUCUUUGACUCAUCAUAUAUACAACUUGGGUGCAGGUGUUGAUCCACAUCUUGUGAAUAAGAUAUUGGAUCCCUAUUUCCUGAGCAAAGUAUCACAAACUUUCGUAAAUUUAAAGGAAACUAUUGAGAAGCAUGGUCCUUGGGCUUCUGCAUGGGUUGGAGAAUCUGGUGGAGCUUUCAACAGCGGUGGACGUAAUGUAUCUGAUACAUUUGUGAACAGCUUUUGGUACUUAGAUCAGCUUGGCAUGGCAUCAAGGUACAAUACUAAGGUGUAUUGUAGGCAGACAUUAAUAGGUGGGAACUACGGCCUCCUCAGCAAAACAACAUCAGCUCCCAAUCCUGACUAUUACAGUGCUCUUCUAUGGCAUCGGCUGAUGGGGAAGGAAGUUUUAGCUGUGGAUAGUGAUGCUUCGUCCUUUCUACGCUCUUAUGCUCACUGUUCUAAAGGAAGAGCAGGCAUAACCUUACUCUUUAUCAACUUAAGCAAUAGCACUGAUUUUAUAAUCAGCCUUCAGAAUAACAUGAGCAUGACUCUUUCCGGGGAAGCGCAAGGCUUGUACAAAGAAACCCCAUUCAUGCGUGGUUUUAAGAAAACAGUUUCAUGGGUUGGAAGCAAAGCAUCAGAUGCACCGCUAUUUAGAGAGGAGUACCAUUUGACUCCUAAAGACGGGUACCUAAGAAGCCAUACCAUGGUUCUAAAUGGAAUACCAUUGGAGCUUACAAACGAUGGAGACAUCCCAAGAUUAGAUCCCGUCCAUGUUCACAUGAAUUCCGUAAUAUCCAUCUCUCCUUUGUCCGUUGCAUUCAUAGUAUUCCCUAAUUUUGACGCUCCUGCUUGUGCAUAGUUUGUCUUGUAAUAUUGAUCACUGAAUCUUUUAUUAUACCUUUAUUGUUUAUAACAAUUGCAGAACUGUAAGGGUCUGCAAUUGUAGUUAUAAUAAAGUAUAAAGGAUGGAUAUAGAUAGCUUGUAUGCCUAAGAAAGAACGUGAUGUAUCUUAGUAUUGGAUUCAUUGUUUGCAUAAUGGUUUUCUUUUGAAUGUAUUUGAGGCUUCAUUUAUCAACAGAUCUAUUCUAUUGCCUGA